CAAACCCUUCGAGAAAUAUUUUAGAUUUUCUUUUAGAUUUAUCCAAAUCUGCAAAAUGUGUCUUACUAGAGUGCAAGAAGAUGAAAUUGCACUGUUGGGACAGCCGAAUCUCGAGAUGCCUGUGCUGAUUUUGCCGGAAGUGCCGAUCCAAGCGCCAACGGUUCAAUCAAUUCGUACAAAAAUCAACCAAUCGUUAGAAGGAACCGUAAAUGAAUUCUGGGGUCUGAGGUUAUCAGAGGCCGAGGAACUUAAGAAGAAUGCUAAUAAAGCUCUUAAUACUAGAGUGGAUCCUGCUCCGGAUGAAUUGUUGAAGGAGGUGAAGAAAGCCAUGAAGCCGAAGGACCCUGCUAAAGUGAAAACUAGGUUUCAAGAAAUAUUGGACAGAGCUGGAGCUAAUCCUCGGGAUGAUAAUGUGGCCUCUAGAUACCAUAAAAUUGAAAAUGUGAGGGACACUACGGUGCUCGUAAAAGCGAUUCAAGGAGUUCUCAAAGCAACUAAAGUAUUCGAAUAGUUGCUAAAAAAUGAGUUCAUGUCAUUUAAUAAUAGUGCUAAUUUAUUUAUCUAAUAGUCGAUAAGAGAUCAAGGCUCAUGGCCUAUAGAAUUACUGAUUAGUUUUCUCCAUAAUUUUUUAUACAUAAAAA